AUGUCCAUGCGCCUACGUCACAGGCCAUAUGACACCUUGACUGACCACACGAAAGAAAUUCGCACAAUUAUUGAUAAUUGCAGCUUAACUAAAGAUAAGGUCAGUAACUUUAAAAAAUUAAAUCCCAAGACAUGGUGGUCUGACAUCAAGCGUAUCAGCGGAAUGAAAACCUGCAAUCGCGAUCCUCAAUCGCAACUUCAAAUAGAAAACAUUGAUCACCUAUCGUCGAAAGAACUUGCCAAUUUAAUUAACAGUACCUUUCUGAAACCUAUGGGCACAUACCACCCCUUGCGUGAUGAAGAUCUAUCCAACUUAUAUCAAGACAUUCCCACCGACCCUCCAUCU